UUUUGCCCCUUUGGGCUCUUCUCUCUCUUCUCUCUCCUCUCUCUCCUCUCUCUCUCUCUCUCUCUCCAUCACAAAAGGGGAAGAACCCUAACGAGCUAUUUACAGCCUGCAAUUCUGGUUUCAUGGCGGUGAGUUAUGCAGGCAGUGUUGGCAGGUUGCAAUGUGGUCGAUGGGUUGAACGGAAAUAAGAAAAAGAUUUGAUAUUUUUUCAGACGUCUUCGCCAUUUCUAGUUAUCAUGGACGACGACGGAUUGAAUAUUCGAAAUUGGGGUUAUUACGAACCCCAACACCUUAAAGGGCACCUUGGUCUGCAGCUCAUGUCGACUGUAGCAGAGCGAGACACUAAGGCCUUCUUCGCUGCACGUGAUUCUGCGGCAGUUAUGGUUAGUCCAAAUGGAGCUUUUCACCCUAGGGAUUGUGGGGUCUCAGAAGCACCUGUUCAUAUGGAUUAUAUGAAGGAUAGUUGGGCCACAGCCACUAGAGAAAGACUCCUGCAUAUGAUGCCAGGGAACCCGAAUUUUGCUGUUUUAUCAGAAGCAUCAGCAGCUCAUCAUCCCUUGCAGAUUCUACAACCGCCUGAUUCGUCAAAGGAUGAAAGGGUGGCUCGAAUGGAAGAUUCAGGAAAUAAAAAGGAAGGACCUUUGAAGAAAAGACAAGGUGGGCGUGCCCAGAAAUCCCCCAAAGCAAAGAAGCCUAAGAGGGUUCCGGCGCCAAAGGAUGAGAGCAACUCUGCUGUUCCACGAGCAAAGGCUGCAAAGAAGAGCACGGGAGUUGUCAUAAAUGGGGUUGAUAUGGAUAUUUCUGGUAUUCCAAUACCAGUUUGCUCAUGCACUGGAACUCCUCAACAGUGUUACCGAUGGGGCUGUGGUGGAUGGCAAUCAGCAUGCUGUACAACAAGUUUAUCUAUGUAUCCAUUGCCAAUGAGUACAAAAAGACGUGGUGCAAGAAUAGCUGGAAGGAAAAUGAGUCAAGGAGCAUUUAAGAAAGUAUUGGAGAAACUUGUUUCUGAAGGUUAUAACCUUUCUAAUCCAAUUGAUUUGAGGCCUUACUGGGCAAAACAUGGUACCAACAAGUUUGUGACCAUCAGGUAGAUGUACAAUGUGGAUUCCGUAAGUGGGCCUCCCAUUGCAUUCGGUCUGUUUCUCCUGUAUAUAUGUUUGUGGCCUGUUGCAGAGGCUUCUUGGAUAGUAUGUAGCCAUGAAUUUUCCCAGUCAUUUUACAUGUUUUCAAAAUUCAGACAUUGAUUCCCCGGAUAUGCUGUUGCCUUCUUUCAUUAUUGUAGUUAAAUUUAAGGGUUAUUGAUCCUAUCUGGCUGCCAGGAUUUAGGAAUUAAUUGAUGAGAUUUUACUCCUUGAAUCCUCAUAGGAUGGUUUAUUUCUUUUCUUCUUUCUAAUGCUAUAAGUCUAAUGUUACAAGAAACAGAUUUUUGGACA